CACCUUGCAUUUGGCGGCGUGUGGUGGAUUGGACUGGGUGUGUUAUAGGCGUGCUCCCUGAAAGACGGUUGUGGUCAAAUCUUUGGUUAAUUUCAUCAAGAAUUUAAGAACUUCAUCAAGAUGACAGCCAAGAUGGAUGUUGCCGUUGUGAAGGAUACCUUCACCGCUGCCAAAUCGGGCAAUGACGUCGAGUUUGGACCAUUCCUAAAAGGAUAUGACGAGAUAGCAAGGUUGUACGACAACAUGGGCCAGGUGUUCCACUUCGCGUCCAAGGACAUGCGAUCACGGAUCAAGGCAGUCAACAACCUCACCAAGGAGGAUGGGUCCGUCUACACCGCGGUCGUCAAGGCGCUCGAUCACGAGAAGGCACAGGGGAUCAAGAAGAAGACCAAAGGCGGAGCCACUGCAGCAUCGAAGGUCCUCCUGGAGAUGCACUGGGAUGUGGCCUUCUUCAUCUUGAUUAUGAAGAGAAUGGGAGAAGCCCAAGACGACACUAAGAUGUCCCAGCUCGCAAGGAAGGCCUACGAUGAUUCACUCGCCCCUCACAACGCUCUCCCGAUCAGGACCGCAGCAAGACUCGCCUGCAAGACCCUCCCAGUUAGGAAAGAUUUCGUUGAUAAGUACCUGAAACAGGACACCGCCGAGGCCAUUGCUCUCCUCCCAGCAACAGUGGGGGCGCUACAGACUAUCCACUCAACCAUGGAAGCGGCAUUCAUCAAGAACGAUCUCAUGAAGGAAGCCGAGGCUGAAGCAGCAAAGAACAAGGCGGAGGACGCAUCACAGCCAGCGGUCUAGAGGCGUAGAAUAAGACCGGGGACAGUGACGUUCCCUGAGGAACACCUGAAUGAUUUUCGUGCAAUGUUGUAUUCGAAGAUGCAAUCAAGUUAUUUUGUAAUAUCUUGGAAUAUUUUAUAAAUAAGAGAGGGAUAAUUCAUGUCCGCUUAUAUAUUGGAUCUAAUUAUUGCUUACUGAAAUUUGUAUGUUUUGCAUAGUAUCACCAAAUGGGAAAACAUUAAGCCAUUCAACCAUCGGUGUCUAAUCAUGAAGUGCUGAUUUGCUUGGACCAACACAGUAAUUCUCCACAAGUAUUAUAUUCGUGGUGUUAUUUCCACACCUGUUGAUGUUAUUAUCAUGACACCUUUGGAUACAUUAGCACCCUUUAAUUUUUAAAUAAUAUGAUCAAAUCCGAGGGUUUCAUAUAUGGGCGUGGUUCUCUGAAGAAGCCGUCUGGUGUCAGAUUUAGGAUCACAGUUUUUUUUAGAGUGUAAGCUUUACGAAUUGUUUGAGAUUUGUUUGCAGUUUGGUCAAGAUUGAUGUUAGCAUGUGGUUGAUGAGGGUACGGUGUGAUGAUAGGCCUAGAGGGUCAUCUGAGAAAUACUCUAAUGAAUCUUUUCACCGUGGGGGACUCCUCAAGCUUGUUUGACACGCAAGCCGGUGAAACCAUCGAAGAAUGCGCCAAUCAUGUUCAGUCUCCUUUCACAUACUAUAAUUUAUGCACUGUGUACAUCAUUAAGACCGAACUUUGAUACAGAUCAUAACACAUAUAGGCCUAUUAAAUUUUGUUCGUUUACAUUUCAAAUAAAGGUCGUUCUUGCCGCCCAUAUCAA